UGUAUUUAUAUUCCAGUAGGAGGAGUGGGGGUAAAGCACUUUUGUGGUCGUAAUAUGCACAUACUGUAUGUUCAGAUUUUCAAUUCGCUCAGAGAACGCCUCAGUGCAAUUUAACGACGCCCGAAAAUCUUUAUCUUGCACAGCACAGAGAAAAGUGGCGAAAAGCGUCUUUUAUUACAGAUAACUGCUUUUUUCGUGCACUUCAAGGCUAGUGGGGGAGCUGUGGCAGUAUGGAGUAAUGCUACUUUUUGUGUUGUUUUAUCUACAAUAUUUAAAGUUCGAGAUAAUAGUUUGUAAAUAAAGUUUCUUAGUUUUCAACCUCCAGUAUUACAACAAACGGAACAGUCGCAAAAUUAACUCCUAUUAAUCGGUGCAACAGCUCUGUCGAAAGUUAUUUGUGCAAAGUUGUUCAUAAAUCAUAUGACUGGUUGACGCCUGAAGAUUACGUUUCAAGCGGAUGAAAAACUUGGCGUUUGUAAAAUCUUUAAAAACAUGGAGUCUGUAAAGCGGCAUAGCUUUUUUCGCUUGUGCUCGAGUGUUAUUUUUCUGCUUUGGGAUUAUUCUGUUGCGGCUGAUUGCCCUGCAGAUGGACACACCUGGGUUCCUUUUGAAAACAGUUGUUAUUAUUUUGUUCAUGGACAAGAUGACAUUGCAAAGAGCUACACAAUUGAAGAUGCAAAACAUAUCUGCAAGGAAUAUGGUCUUCUGAGCAUCAACACUAUUGAAGAGAAUAAUUUCAUUGUUAAAUACAGCUCCUUUGUGUGGAAAGACCAAAUAAAUGUGUGGUUGGGCAUGUUCUAUGAUAGUGACAGUGAUUCUCUGAAGUGGUUUGAUAAAACGGAUGUAGUUUUAAACAACUGGGACAAUAGCUCCACAGACCUGGCUUUGAUUGAUGUCUGUGCGGCCUUACACACCAGCUCAGGGAAGUGGGUGAAAGUGAGCUGUGAGGACGACCCUGAACACGGUGUUGUCUGUGAAAGCACUCAGAGUAACAGUAAAGAUAAUCGACCUCUGUUCUCGGCACUAGUUAUUCUGAGUGUUCUGAUCAUUAUCGGGAUAUCAGCUGUGGUCUGGUUCUUGCAUCAGAAAAAUUACUUCAGCUCCACUUCGUUUACAUCAUUUGAGUACCACCCUCCAUUUAGAUCACCGUCUGGCGAUGAGACUUCUUUAGUGGAAGCAGAAGAAAAAGAAUACACGGCGUAAAUGAACAAUCACCCAAGAAGCUGGAAGUCCUUAUUAAAAAGGGUUUAAUAAUUAAUCAGCUCUGGAAAUUGUUCUUCUGGGAACAGUUAGAACAACCACUACAGGGAGCAAUUCCCUUACACAAGACACACAUUUUAGUGGAAUUUACGACCACCCAUUCCUCAUUAUUUUGCUCUUUUAGUGAGAUAUAAUGAGAAACUUUGUGCACAGAAUAAGAAGGCUGCUGCUGGCUUCUGUUUGUCACACUUGGCUGUGGUUCGUGAUUGUUAAGUGACAUUAUGACUUCCGAUGUACAAAAGGAAUAUUCCUCAUUAUAACAUUGAAGAACUAUUUUAACAUCUUUUAAAAGCAUUUUUUUCCCAAAUGCCGUUUGGAAUCCCAAGUAUCCAAUUUAUAUUUUGAUACUCCGCUGUGUUCUGUAUCUUUUUAAUCACUGUGCUGUCAAUUGCACUUGUUUAUUGUAGUCUGCUGGUCUUUUCUGAUUUUGCCUCUCCACCUCAAGCAUUUUGCAUAAGCUGUGCCAAAGAACAAAAAACAGUGAUUACUACCAGUGCAAACUGUUUGUAACACAACGUAGCAAGUCAAUGUAAAAUUACCUUAAAUAAAAAUUUAUUUAGGUUGAAAUGUU